AUGUCAAUAGGUCCUCAUAUAAUCAGGAUUUGAUACCCGUAGAAAUCAAAUAAAAACACGGAAAGAUGGGUCGCGCUCCGGUGAGAAGGAAGUCGCGUCCUAAAGUUAAUCAAGGGAAUGAGGAGGAUUACUAUUUGAGGCAGGAGGACGUCCAACGAUCGUCUCGACGAUGGUCAUACAUCCGGCGAAGGAUUCCGGAUUCCGACAGCGACACCGAUACAGACUCUGAUUCCGAUUCCGAACCGGAGAAGAGCUCUGUUAAAGCACCAACCCUCUUGAAGGACCUCAGUGCCUAUGGAGACUGGCACUUGCCGAAUGGGAAAUUCGAUUUCGAGACGACUGGCAGGGAAAUGCUGAUGAAUCUCAGCAAAUUCCCCUACCCGGAAAUGUUCCAUCCGCCGCUCCUUCUGGGCGCCAAGUUGCGUAACCCCGUGCAGCUGAGUUGCAGGCCCUACGUCACCAACAUCUUCGAGGACGCCAUGCCGGAGAUUCGGGCCCGGGCCAAGCAGUUCCUGGAUCCACCACCGGAGUGCGAGGGAGCCGUGGGCUACGAUCCGCAGUACUUCCAGACCCCCAUGCGGAUCAAGCCCCUGUGCCACCGUCCCCCCUUCGUCCCGUUCAAAGGAGCUGGGGCGGCGAGUCCUGGAUGGAGCCGCCGCUGUGCAAAGUUGUAUGUGGAACUCACUCAGCCGCUGGUGGACUACGGGAAACUGCGUCGGCACAGGAAACACAAACCGAGACCCAAUAAGCUUCUGAAGGGAUUGCGAAGGAAACCAGUCACUCAGGCCAGACCAAGGUUGUUGCGACCUCGAGCCAGGAUCGUAUUGAAUUCGGAGUCGGAGGAGUUCUACCAACAAUCGGGGGAAUUCGAGGAGGAGCAGCUCAUUUCGGGGGACUAUUACGUGGGGUUGGCGAAUGAGGACUUUGAUUUGGACACUGAGGUCUCCUGGCACUCCUCACUGCCCGAGGACCCCGAACCGAAGAUAGCCCGAACCCAGUCGGAUCUGACACUGGACUAUUUGAAAACCCGUCCUAUGAUAAGGCGUUGCCACAGCUUGGGCAGUAUUCAUUAUUAAUUAUUAUAACAUCAUUUGUGUUUUAGAAAAUGUGCUCGCAAAAAAACGUUUUAAAUUGUUUUUGGUGUU